AUGACUUCGAAGUCUCUGGCCGAUGAUGGCCCACAGAUAUCAGUUGAAUCGGAGAUUGUGGCCGAAAGUGUCAAGGCAGAUCUGAAGGGACUUCAGAAGUCUCAUCAAUGGGACCCGAAUUUAUCGCAGGAGAAGUUGGAUGCGAUCAACGAGGCCGCGAAUACCGAAGACCAAGAAAAAGCAGUUGAAUUCGAAAAGUCGGCAGUACAGGACUCGCAGUAUGAAUCCGUUCGCGCUGCCGUGCGCAACACAGAUGGCGGAGAAAUCGCGAAUACAGUACGAGCAUGGAUUCUCGGAAUGAUAUUCACGACAAUCGGCAGUGGAUUGAAUAUGUUCUUGAGUAUGAGGAGUCCCGCCAUCUCUUUUCCUGCUAUUGUGGUGCAAUUGGUCGUCUACCCAAUAGGCUGUUUAUGGGCAAGAGUCAUUCCUAAGAAAGUGUUUAAUACGUUUGGAGUUCAAUGGACCUUCAAUCCUGGACCAUUCACAAUCAAAGAACAUGCAGUCAUCACGAUCAUGGCAAAUGUGUCAAUUACCUAUGCGUAUUGUACCGAUGCCCUCUUGGCUCUGAAGGCAAAACCGUUAUAUAACCUCGACAUCAGCUGGGGUUUUCAACUCCUCUUCGCCAUAAGCAGUCAAAUUAUUGGGAUUUCCCUUGCAGGAAUAUUCCGUCGUUUUCUUGUCUGGCCUGCUGCAAUGAUAUGGCCAACUCAAUUCGCCAAUACCACGCUAUUUUACGCAUUACACGACAAGAGCCGCUCAGACCCAGCGGAAACCAAUGGGUGGAGCAUUUCGCGAUACCGCUACUUUUUAUACGUUACGCUUGGGGCAUUUUGCUGGUACUGGUUUCCUGCUGUCAUUUGGCAAGGCUUAUCAAUCUUCGCCUUUGUGACUUGGAUCAAGCCCAACAAUGUGGUGCUAAACCAACUCUUCGGCGGCUUCACUGGCCUUUCUCUCAUUCCUUUGACAUUCGACUGGACAUACGUUUCGGCAUACCUCCUCGAUCCGCUUCUGUCACCCGCCCAUGCAAUCGUGAACACGUUCAUUGGACUGGUCGUAUUCGUCAUAAUUACAACCAUAGGAAUUUCUUAUUCGGGAGCUCUUUAUUCCGCAUAUCUCCCAAUCAACACAUCGACUACCUACGAUAACAAGCAGCAGCAGUACAACGUCAGCAGAAUUCUUGGUCCGAAUUUCUCUUUCGACGAAGCGAAAUACAAGGCGUACUCACCAAUGUUCCUCCCGCCUACAUUUGCAUUGAACUACGGUCUUUCAUUUGCAGCCUUGACAGCGGUUAUAGUUCAUGUCAUUCUCUUCCACCGGAAAGAGAUUUGGCACCGAGCCAAGGCGGCCCGUGAUCAAGAGCCAGAUGUUCAUUUGAUGUUGAUGAAGAAUUAUAAAGAAGCACCCGAGUGGUGGUAUGCCGCUCUUUUCCUCCUUGCCAUUGCCCUAGGGCUAGGAGGUGUGCUUGGCUAUGAUACCCAAUUGCCAUGGUGGGGAUUCUUCGUUUCCAUAAUAAUUGCCGUUAUCUUUAUUGUUCCGACGUGCAUGAUCCUGGGUGUCACCAACAUUCUACUUUCUCUCAAUGUGCUCUCUCCAUUUUUGGCCGGAUUUAUGAUCCCAGGUAAACCGAUCGGAGUCAUGGUUUUCAAGGUGUUCAGUACCAUUACAUUGGGGCAAGCUCAAGUUUAUUGCCAAGAUCUUAAACUUGCGCAUUAUAUGAAAAUCCCACCCCGUGUCACCUUCAUGUGUCAGGUCGUUGCUUCAAUCUGGGCAUGUUUUGUUCAGAUUGCAGUCAUGAAUUGGACUCUCGGAAACAUUGAUAAUGUUUGUGCUUCAGACCAAGCAGCACAUUUCUCAUGUCCGAAUGGGCGAACGUUUUUCUCGUCAAGUAUCGUUUGGGGGGUUAUUGGACCUCAACGAAUCUUCGGACCGAAUUCGAUCUAUACGCCAAUUCAAUACUUCUGGCUUCUUGGAGCUCUACUUCCAGUCGCUUUCUACAUCCUGAUGCGAAUUUUCCCUAGAUCUAAGGCCCGACUCCUCAACGCUCCUGUAAUGCUAGGUGCCAUGAGUUGGCUGCCACCAGCUACGCCGAUCAGCUACACAUCCUGGGUAAUGUUUGGUCUCAUUUUCAACUACUGGAUUCGACGCAGAUGGGCUGGUUGGUGGCGUCAGUACAACUACAUUACCGCAGCUGGUCUCGAUACAGGACUUAUUCUCUCGACGAUUGUUAUUUUCUUUGCCAUUACCCUUCCUGGUGUCCCAGUGCCAAACUGGUGGGGAAAUACUGCACCUUUUAAAACAAUGGACUACAUGUAUACGGCAGUACGAAAGACAGUCUCAGGAGACGAGACCUUUGGACCAGCUACUUGGUAA